GGGGGGGGGGACGGUGCUGCGUGUUGUUUGAUUUUGACUAACGGCCACGAAUAAGGGCACUUUGGCCGAGUGGUUAAGGCGAAAGACUUGAAUCGAAUUCGAGUGAUCUUUUGGGAUUUCCCGCGCAGGUUCGAACCCUGCAAGUGUCGCCAAUUUUUUUAUGUUUUUUGUCUGAUAGCACGGGCUCAUAACCACGGUGUAAUGUCCCGGUGCUGAACUUGUGUUUGUUGAUUUGAGUAGGCUAACAACUUCACCACGUAUUCGCAGUGCACUGGACGCGUUGGAAACAAUGAACGAUAUCUUCUUCAUUGCACUUAUAUCAAGAGACAACAAACCUAUCCAUAUUCAAGAGAUAGACCCUCCCGUGGGCGAGGAACAGCUUUUAAGUGAGCGGGUUGACGAGCAAACGGGCCAUGAGCCGGCGGAGAGCGGGCGCCAGGAGGUGUCGCUGGUGAACAACACACUACGAUGUCAUUUUCUUGCGAACAUGGCCCUCGAUGUAUUCUUAUCCCCACUGUACGGAGGAGAGUGUGGUGUGCCUUCGUUGAUGUUUGUGCAGGACGGCAUCAAUGUGUAUGGAUACGAGACCAACACCGGUCUGAAGAUCCUCAUAGGAACGGACGGCGAGCUGGAUCAAAGCUACGAAACCAUUUUCAAACAAAUACACAGGAUUUAUCUCGGGCUGCUGUUGAAUCCGUUCAACACUGGCGAUUCUUCAUCGUCAACACCAACGUUCAACCACGGCACGAUAUCUACAAAGAUUGAAGGCAUAGUCAACCAAUGGAAGGCACAGAAGGCAUAGCAACAGUGUAUGUACAUAAAUGUCUCGUUAUCUCAUCUUAGCACGGUAUUUGCGUUUCUCAGCCCCAAGUACUGCUGGUCCACGCCCUGGGCCAUGUUCUUCACAAUGGAGUACACCUCAGCGUUAUGGUAUCUUAUACCACUGGAUGCAGACCGGUAGUUACCCUUCAGCCCUGUGAUAUCGCAGUACUUCUUCACAGGCUUGAUGGACGGAGGCGCC